GGAUUUUGUUCCAGUUAUGAUCAAGAGUUUUGUAAAGACUCUCAAGUUACGGAGACACCAGUUUCUUCAUGUCCAACGACUAAAGUUCUUUGGGAAAGACGGGCUCAUGAAAAAAAUUGCUCGUCCUUUCCACACAAUUGUCUGCAUGAACUGUUAUAUCAUUGUUUAAUAAAUCCAUGGCAAAACAGUACCAUUGAAGUCUGUGCACAGAAAGCAAAAAUUAGUGCAGAUUACUGUGCCGAAUAUAACAAUAAAGGAGGGAGAAUUCAGGAAUUUUACAGACCAACGUGUUCUUCUUGUACCAAAACAUACUGGUCUACAGAGGCAUACCAUUAUGCGGAAUGCUACACAGCUGCAUUAGAAACCAGUACCAUAAGCUUCGACAAUCGAUAUUCAGGAUAUGCUGUGAAGAAUGCUUCAAGCAAUGGGAUGAACGUAAACAAGAACUCUUACCUCUGGCUACAUUUUGGUUUAUAUGUCAUAAUCAAAUUAUAAGUACAGGUCCCAGGAUCACGAAACACACUUAGACUUAAGUUUCUUU